AAUUAAUCAGGAAGAGGUUUUAGCCUCCAAGGGUAGGCUAUUCGACACUAUGAUGGCUGCGAAGCUUAAGGUAUUUUGUCUGUAAUUAGUGCAAGCCCUAGGCAGUAAAAUAUUAUUAUUCUAGAAAAAAGAUACAUUAUUAGAGUUAGUCGUAAAUUUCCUUCCUAUGGUGUAAACGCAUGUAUUGUUUAAUAAUAACGAAGCAAUUGUUUUUUUUUUUCUUUCAGGGAGUAACUUACUUUUGUGAAGUAUUCGACGGGUAGAUGUGUUCCAAUGUGUUGACGUCGGAAAUAAAAUUGAAUCACUGGUUGUUCAAUGCGUUACUGUUAUAUCCUAAAAAGUUUACCGUGCGAAUCUAUGAACCAGAAUCUAGCUUCUUGUUACCUAUUUAUCAACCUCUCCCGCUACUCUACCUCUUGCUGCAGUUCCGAGCCUACGUGCUCUUUGCCCUUACCACCAGUGCCUUUGCUGGCCACGUCGGUGGCGGUUACGGGCUCGGCCAAAGCCUUGGCUACGGUCUUGGUUAUGGACUGUCUAGUUACGGCUUAUCCCAUGGCAUUGGCUACUCUGGCCUUACUGGCUACAGCCUUGGUUACGGUUAUGGCCACGCCCCAUCGGUAGGCCGCACUGUCUCCACCUACCACGCUGCCCCAGCGGUUGCCACAUACGUGGCUGCCCCAUCUGUGACUAAAUUCGCCACCACUUACCAAGCCACCCCAGCCGUAGCUCCCUACGCCGCUGCUCCAGCUGCCCCCUAUGCAACGGCCCCAGCUGUCGCCAAAGUUGCUACCUAUGCUCCUGCUCCAGUAGCCACCUACGCUGCCACCCCUUCAGUCGCCAAGGUUCACACCUAUGCUGCUGCCCCAGUCGCCACCUAUGCUGCUGCCCCAGCUGUGACCAAGUUUGCCACCUAUGCUCGUGCCCCAGUGGCCACCUAUGCUGCUACCCCAGUCGCCACCUAUGCUGCUGCCCCAGCUGUGACGAAGGUUGCCACCUAUGCUCGGGCCCCAGUGGCCACCUACGCUGCUGCCCCAUCAGUCGCCAAGGUUCACACCUAUGCUGCUGCCCCAGUGGCCACCUAUUCCGCUGCCCCAGCUGUGACCAGGGUUGCCACUUACGCUCGUGCCCCAGUCGCCACAUACGCUGCUACGCCUACUGUCAGCAACGUUGCGAGUUACGCUGCUGCUCCAGUCGCCACCUACGCUGCUGCUCCAGCUGUAACCAAGGUUGCUGCCACCUACGCUGCUGCCCCUGUCGCCACCUAUGCUGCCACCCCAGCUGUGGCCACUGUUGGACAUGCAACUCCAGCUUUCGCUGCCUACGCUGCUGCCCCAGCUGUUGCCACUAUUGCUCACGCUGCUCCAGCAGUUGCCACUUACGCUGCCCCAGCUGUCGCUGCCUACGAGGCUGUUCCAGCCUAUUACAGCUAUGGCGUUGGCACUCUCGGAUACGGUGCCGGGCACUAUGGUUACGGCCACGGUCUCCUUGGCUACGGCCUGAACUACGGGUACGGUCUCGGCACCCCGUACCAUUAUGGUGCCCUUCUCCGCAGGAAGUCAAAAUGGAGUGUCAAUGGCAAUGAUGGCAACGGCAAUCAUGACCUUGAGAGUGGAAUCUAG